UGACGUACUCGCCCGGUGGAUCCAAGGUCCACUGGAGCGGGGUGGGCUGCCGCGCCCUUGGGCUUCGGGUUGGAGCUAGCCAACUCUCUCGGAGCGCAGGGACCGCUGGGGGCCAGAAAAUCACUUCGAGAAAUGUAUCAAUCAGAUUCUGAAGGAUGGGCCUCUUCAAAAGAUCUGAGAAGUCAUCUUGGACAUUUAGAAUCAGAACUUCUUUUUCUAAGCACACUUACUGGCAUCAGUGUAAGAAAUUACUCCAUGAAGACAGAGGACCUUACAAACACUGAGAAGAAAGAAAAGAGUAUAAUGAAAGUUCUACAGAGACACAGAUUAUCAGGAAAUUGCCACAUGAUUACAUUUCAACUUGAAUUUCAGAUUCUGGAAAUCCAGAAUAAGGAGAGUUUAUCUUCUGUUAUUACUGACCUCAACAUAAUAAUGGAGCCCACUGAAUAUUCAGAAUUAAGUGAAUUUGUGUCUAGAGCAGAAGAAAGAAGAGAUCUGUUGAUGUUUUUCCGAAGCCUACACUUUUUUGUGGAGUGGUGUGAAUAUCGAAAGCGCACAUUUGAACACUUCAAGGAGAAGUACCCAGCAGCCGUGCACCUCCCGGAGGGGGCCGCCUCCAGCUGCAUGGUGGUCCGGAGCGCCUGCCAGCCAGGGUUCGAGCUGGUCAUCAUUUGGAGGGUGCAGAUAGAUGAAGAAGGGAGGGUUUUGCCGAAGCUGGAUCUUCUACCCAAAGCACCACAGCAAGCCCUGGAGCUGGACCGGAACCGAGUCCUGGAGACCGCGCCUCUCAGUUUCCGAGCCCUGCUGGGCGCACUGGGCAUUGAAGCCGCCCUCGAGAGCCUGAUAAAGUCGCUCUGCACAGCGGACUACGACUAGUUCCGGGCAAACACGCAGGUGUGGGAUCUUCCACAUGAACAGUUUCUGUGUUCCACAGAGAAACAACACCUUUAGGACACGUCUGUGCAGUUUCAGCACAUUCUAUAUAAACUGUCGGGACAUGGAAAAAUAAACACAGCUAUUGAAUACAAAAUGUCGGACGAGCAGCACGUACAGUGCUUAGGGGCGCCUGGCGGGCUCGGUUGGGGGACUGUGCAGCUCUUCA